AUGGAGAUAGCGGAAAGCGGCAAUGUCAUGCAUCAUUUUAAUGAAGUCCUCAACAUCAGAGCGAAGCUCAGCAGCAUCGGCGCCAAGAUGGAGGACGAGGACCAGCGCAAACUGCAACCGUGCGACGCUGUCAACGUUUUGACGAACGAUCACAUCAAGCGUCAAGGUGCCAAGUCUGCGGCGGUGAAGACUGAAGAAGUGACCAAGGCCUUCAGUACCGAGCGCGAGGUUCGUCGAUGCUCGUUCUGCGGAAAUUGGGGAGAAGUGGAACGUUGCUGGACCAAGCAGAAGGAAGAAAAUCGGGGAGCUCGACGCGGUAGCAAUGCUCCUGGACGCGGAGCGAAUCAAGUCCAGUGGCAAGGAUACAACAGCAACAACAACUGCGACUACGAUCGAGUGGUGUUUGCUGUUUCACUGGAAUGCGUAAUUUCAGCGAUCAAGAAUACGUCUGGGAUAUGGGCGAAUAGCAGCGGUGCGACGCAACACAUCUGCCAUGACAAGAACAAGUUCAAAUGCCCGGACGAGCGCAAUGAAGGCGAAGCGUUGGUCGCAGAUGGGAACAAGGAAAGGUCCCGCAAAACGGUGAAGAGCGCGAUAUCAAGAACGCGCUUUACGUCCCAAGAAUGA